GGGGAGGGAGGGUCUGCGUCGGGUCUUCCCCCCGCCGCCACCUCCGCUGCUGCAGUUGUCGCUAACUCCUGUGCUCCAGAGAAGUCAUGCUGCCCAACACCGGGAGGCUAGCAGGAUGCACAAUUUUCAUCACUGGUGCAAGCCGUGGCAUUGGCAAAGCAAUUGCACUGAAAGCUGCAAAGGAUGGAGCAAAUAUUGUCAUUGCUGCAAAGACCUCCCAGUCACACCCUAAACUUCCAGGCACCAUCUACACUGCUGCUGAAGAGAUUGAAGCAGCUGGAGGAAAGGCCUUGCCCUGUAUUGUGGAUGUAAGAGAUGAACAGCAAAUCAGCAGUGCAGUGGAGAAAGCAGUGGAGAAAUUUGGAGGAAUUGACAUUUUGGUGAACAAUGCCAGUGCUAUUUCCUUGACCAACACAAUGGAAACACCUACAAAGAAGGUGGAUUUGAUGAUGAGUGUGAACACCAGAGGCACCUACCUUACAUCUAAAGCAUGUGUUCCUUUUUUGAAAAAGAGUAAAAUUGCUCAUAUCCUUAAUCUCAGCCCACCACUGAAUUUAAAUCCAAUGUGGUUCAAACAGCACUGUGCUUAUACCAUUGCUAAGUAUGGUAUGUCUAUGUGUGUGUUGGGAAUGGCAGAAGAAUUUAAAGGUGAAAUUGCAGUCAAUGCCUUAUGGCCUAAAACAGCGAUACAUACUGCUGCUAUGGACAUGCUGGGAGGAUCAGGUAUUGAAAGCCAAUGUCGAAAAGUGGAGAUAAUUGCUGAUGCUGCAUAUUCCAUUUUUAAAAAGCCUAAAAGCUUUACUGGCAACUUUGUUAUUGAUGAAAAUAUCUUAAAAGAAGAAGGAAUAAAAAAUUUUGAUGUCUAUGCAAUUAAACCAGGCCAUCCUCUGUUACCAGAUUUUUUCUUAGACGAACAUCCAGAUGCAGUUAUGAAGAAGACGGGAUCACAGGGUGCUGCUCCAGAAUUAAAAGAAGAGAAAUCACAGGCACAGGCAAAGUCAUGUUCUGGACCUGUGGAAGAAACAUUUAGAAUUGUUAAGGAUGCUCUCAGUGAUGAUGUUGUAAAAGCCACGCAAGCCAUCUAUCAGUUUGAACUGUCAGGUGAAGAUGGUGGCACGUGGUUUCUUGAUCUCAAAAGCAAGGGCGGGAAUGUUGGACACGGGGAGCCCUCUGACCGGGCAGAUGUCGUGAUGAGUAUGUCUACUGACGAUUUUGUCAGAAUGUUUUCAGGAAAACUAAAGCCAACAAUGGCAUUCAUGUCAGGAAAAUUGAAGAUUAAAGGAAACAUGGCUCUAGCAAUCAAAUUGGAGAAGUUAAUGAGUCAGAUGCACUCCAGACUGUGAAGGAAAAGAAAGAAAACUGUGGAUGCAGCGCUAUAAAAAGUAAAAAAAGCUCAACAAUUAAAAUAAUGUUUGUUGUCUUCCCCAUUGUAUUACAAGGAUAUGCAUGUU